CUUGGAUUCGCAACCAUGGUCGAAUCUCACACCGGAUCUGAUCUCAUCCCUCUCACAUUCUCCCCUUUCUUUUCCAUUUCAACAUUCAAAACCCUCUCAAAUUUCAACAUUACUAAUACUCAUUCUUCACUAUCAGAUCAAAUGCUUCAAUACAAUUAUUCCAUUUCCUUAUCACACUCACACUCUUCCGCUCCGUCAAUUACUCACAAAUACCCUUCCAACUCCAAUUUCAAUUUCAUUAUCAUUACUAUCUUAUAAGCAGUUAUAACGAACCAAGCAAGAGAAGGAUAAUUAAGCAGUUACACAUUGCAUUGCAUUUCACCGAUUAAUAAUUUGUCAAUGUUAUUAUUUAUUUUGCAUUAAUGGCGGCGAGUUCUAGAGGCUUCUCAACAACGCAGUUCGAUUUCAAGCUAAGAGUAAACCGACUCAAUGUUGCACUGUUACCUAACAAUCACUUGCCGGACCUUUUCCGGAGAAAGAGAAGAAAGACGUGUUUCGAUUUUGAACGAGUUCGACUCUGUAAUAUCAAAUUUCGAUGCUGUUGUUCUGGUUCGGUUACUCCGAUUCUUAGAACGAGUGGACCUGGUAACGGCGGUGACAAAAACGAUGAACGGAGAUUCGAUCCGAUUCCGAAGAAAAACCCUCACAUUCAUAGAGUUAGGACUCAAGCUUCUCCUGCUGCAAUGCCUUUCGCUUCUCCACCGUCUAUUUUGAAGCAGGAAAAAUUCUUUCCUCGUUGCACCCCAAGAAAUUCUGGUCCACAGUCACGUGACACCCCACCAAAAAGAGACACCGGAAUAGCAAAUGAGAAGGACUGGGGUAUCAGCCUGUUAAAUGAAAAUGUUAAUGAGUCCGGCACUAAUGAAGAUGGGAGUACCUGGUACAGAGAAGGUGGGGAAGAACUGGGUGAAAAUGGAUAUAGAUGUCGAUGGACAAGAAUGGGUGGUCAGUCCCACGAUGGUUCCUCGGAAUGGAAAGAAACGUGGUGGGAGAAGAGCGACUGGACUGGAUAUAAGGAGCUAGGUGUGGAGAAAUCUGGCAGAAAUUCAGAGGGGGAUUCUUGGUGGGAAACAUGGCAAGAAAAUCUUCAACAUGAUGAAUGGAGUAACAUAGCAAGAAUAGAGAGGAGUGCACAAAAACAAGCAAAAUCAGGGACUGAAAAUGCUGGGUGGUAUGAGAAAUGGUGGGAAAAAUAUGAUGCUAAAGGCUGGACUGAAAAGGGUGCACAUAAGUAUGGUAGACUGAAUGAACAAUCCUGGUGGGAAAAGUGGGGAGAGCAUUAUGACGGAAGAGGAUCUGUUCUCAAAUGGACAGAUAAAUGGGCUGAAACCGAACUUGGAACAAAAUGGGGAGACAAGUGGGAGGAGCGAUUCUUUAAAGGCAUAGGUUCGCGUCACGGGGAAACUUGGCAUGUAUCUCCAAGCAGUGAACGUUGGUCAAGAACUUGGGGAGAAGAGCACUUUGGAAAUGGGAAAGUCCAUAAGUAUGGAAAUAGCACAACCGGUGAGAGCUGGGAUAUUGUCGUAGAUGAAGAAACUUAUUAUGAGGCCGAUCCUCAUUAUGGAUGGGCGGAUGUAGUGGGAGAUUCAAGCCAAUUACUCUCAAUUGAGCCUCGGGAGAGGCCACCUGGUGUCUUCCCCAAUCUAGACUUUGGUUCACCUCCACCAUCGCCUCAACCUGAUGAUGACGCACCCGAUGAUUUGCCCUCCUCGCAAUGAAGAUAUAACUUAUAAGCAUUGUUUGUUUUGUUUAAUUUUAGAGUAAUCAUCUUGUCAUUCAGAGGAACUCCAUUUAUGAAAGAUAUAUUGUAGAUCAGUCAUUUUAUUCAUUCUUUCCAUCUUAAUGAUAUUAUCAUUAUUUUUCCA